UGACUCAAUCUUGUUACAUCUUCAAUUUCAGAAAUUUAAUUUUUAAUAUUAGGGUUAGGGUGAAUUUUCAAUCUCUUGAUUUUCCUGGUAAUAGUUUCGAUUGUAGUGUUAUUUUUAUGAAUAGGGUUGUGGUUUACUUCAACUGGUUCUUAUAAUGAUUCCUGAUGAUGAUGGUGUGGUAGUGGUGAUGAAGCAGAAGUUGGUCGCAUUGCUUAUCAGUUCUGUUUGUUUUUUUUUACUUUGAUUUUUUUUUUUUACUUUGAUUUGGUGUUCGUUGAUUUGAUGGAAUUGUAAUGAGAACUGUCUUUGAUAUCAAGAGACUUAUCAGAAGAAGGUUUGAUGAUAAAGAGGUACAUAGAGAUAUGAAACUCUUACCAUACAAGAUUGUCAACAAGGAAGGAAAGCCAUAUGUUGAGGUUAAACUUAAGGAUGGGGAGACUAAGGUUUUCAGUCCUGAGGAAAUUAGUGUUAUGAUUCUGACCAAGAUGAAGGAAACCGCUGAAGCAUUCUUAGAAUGCUGUCAUUACUGCUCCUGGAAUGAUUAAGAACCAAAUCAAAUUAAUUCAUGUUUGAUUCCACAAUUUAUUAUGUGGAUUUGGAAGAAUUUGAAAUUUUUUAUGUGGAUUUUUUAAAUGUAGCUGAAUCGUUGUCGUGUUCUUUGUUCUACAACAUACUUUAA